ACCAAACCCGGACAUACCAUUUGCCAACAUGAUGAAUAAAACUUACGAAACUGUAGAAUUAUAAAGUCGCCUAUUUGUAAAUGCGAUUUAAAUGAUCCGUUGGAGGGGUAGAACGGGGUUUUUCCUGCUCAUCCGCUUGGAACCCGAAAGAUAAUAGACGCAAUUCAAUCUAAUCAAUCAAGAAACCGCCGCCGCCGUCCCCGCUGCGAUUGUUCCACCAAAGACCUACUGGGCCGGCGCCCUCGAUUCGUUUGAUCUGCGAAAAUUCGUGGACAUCGUGUGGUGAUUUACGCCAAUUUUUCAUACAAUCGGCUACAUGAUGCAGCCCAUUGUGGUUUUUUAUAGGUUCAUAUCUAGAGUUUGAGAUUCCGGAGAGAGAAAAUUCACUCGAGAUAAGAGAAUAAAUAAUGGGGGAGAGUUCGGUGUUGCGUUCGAGUUACAAGGAGUAUGUCGCGGGUAUGCUGGCGGGAGUUGCAACCGUCAUUGUUGGUCAUCCCUUCGACACCGUCAAGGUGAAGCUUCAAAAGCACAAUACAGGAGCUCAUGGGAUCAAGUACAAGGGUGGUUUGCACUGUACUGCAAGAAUUUUGAAGACAGAAGGAGUGAAAGGGCUCUAUUGUGGUGCUACAUCAUCUUUUCUGGGAAUGGCCUUUGAAAGCUCACUUUCCUUCGGAAUUUAUUCCCAGACAAAGAAGUCGCUGCAGGGAGAAAUACGCAAUGAAAAGCCACAGCCUCUUGCUAUAGUUCCUUCAGGGGCUUUUGCUGGAGCUAUUAUCAGCUUAAUAUUGUGCCCAUCAGAGCUGAUAAAGUGUAGGAUGCAAGUUCAAGGCGUUGAUUCUUCCCUUCCAAGCUCCAGCAGAUAUAGUGGUCCUAUUGAUUGUGCUCUUAAAACUGUAAAAACUGAAGGGAUCACAGGCAUAUUCCGGGGAGGAGUUGCUACCUUAUUAAGAGAAUCUAUUGGAAAUGCAAUCUUCUUUAGUAUUUAUGAGCAUGUGCGCUAUUACAUGCAUCUGUCGGUCGGGGACGGUUCCGGUGAUCCAGAACAUCUUAUUGAUGCGGGAAUUGGGAUUCUUAGUGGUGGUUUAGGUGGAAUAGCAUGUUGGUGUGCUGUUCUACCGAUGGAUGUAGCAAAGACUAUAAUUCAAACUUCACCAGACAAAAACCAUACAAGAAAUCCAUUUCGGGUUCUAGAAUCUAUUUACAGGAGAUCUGGACUUGGUGGAUGCUAUACAGGUCUUGGUCCUACAAUAGUUAGAGCAUUUCCUGCUAAUGCUGCUGCUAUUGUCACAUGGGAAUUGGCUAUGAAAAUGUUAGGGAUCAAGCGUAAUUAAGCCUGGUGCAUUGUCACCAGAUCUGAUGCAGUUCUUUCUUGUGAUCUUGCUAACAUAUGGUGCUUGAUUGUCAUCGGCAUUCUGUGUGAUUCUUUCGGGACAUGACGAUCUGAUGUGAUACAAUAGUGUUGAUUGAUUGAUGUAAUGAACUGAAGUCUGUAUUGUUCAACCUCAUGCUCUGCUUAUCACAAGUGAGUCUCUUUAAAGUUGGAUCACUUCAUAUCGCUGGGAAUUCCAUCUGGCCGGUUAGUUUGGCAGGGAACUGUUCAAGCAUGUUUGAAGGUUUUGAAAGCUCCCUCAACUAACUGCAAAUGAUAAUAUGCUGGAUGUUUUCGGUGCAUUCUUCUUGGGGUUUGUUUAACUGGAGAAUUUUCAUUCUGAGGCUAUCAACUGUUUAAUUCUUUUUAAUAAAGAACUUGUGAGUUCUUGAUGUAAUUCAUAAACAAUCUAUUUGAAGCUUAUCCAAUGAAACAAUGAAUAUUUUGUAAAA